AUGCCGUUCGUCAAGAACCUCAAGUCCGACGCCUACUUCUCGCGUUUCCAGGUCAAGUACCGCCGCAGGCGUGAGGGAAAGACUGACUACUACGCGCGCAAGCGGUUGGUGACCCAGGCGAAGAACAAGUACAACGCGCCGAAGUACCGUCUGGUUGUCCGCUUCACGAACCGUGAGGUUCUGGUCCAGAUCGUGUACGCUCGCCUUCAGGGCGACUUCGUGCUGUGUGCUGCGCGCUCGAAGGAGCUCCCCCGCUACGGCAUCAACCACGGUCUCACUAACUGGACUGCCGCAUACGCGACCGGCCUUCUAUGCGCGCGUCGUGCCUUGACUAAGCUCGGCCUCGCUGAAAAGUACCAGGGUGUUGAGGAGCCCGAUGGCACUCUCACCCUCACGGAGGCGCUCGACGAGGAGGAUGCCCCCCGUCCCUUCAAGUGCUACCUUGACGUCGGCCUCAGGCGCACGUCUACCGGUUCGCGUGUGUUCGGUGCUCUGAAGGGUGCCAGCGAUGGUGGUAUCUUCAUCCCCCAUAACCACAAGCGCUUCCCCGGCUACGACGUCGAGUCCAAGGAGCUCGAUGACGAGGUCCUGAAGAAGUACAUCUUCGGUGGCCACGUCGCGGAGUACAUGGAGUCCCUCGAGGAGGAGGAUGACGAGCGCUUCAAGAAGCAGUUCGCCACCUACCUUGCGGACGGUGUCGGUUCCGAGGACAUGGAGGAGAUCUACACCAACGCCUACGCCGCGAUCCGUGAGGACCCCACCUUCAAGCCCAGCGACAAGUCGAAGGACUGGGCCUCGGAGAGCAAAAAGUUCCGCACUCCCAAGCUUACGCUGGAGCAGCGCCGGGCUCGCAUCCAGGAGAAGAUCGAGGCCUUCCAGACCGAGCACGCCGACGAGUAGAUAUACCUUCGCGUUGUUGGCCUCACCGCCUGUCCAUGUAUUACGCUCCCUCUACGCCGCCUAUGACACUAAAACCAGGCUAUGCUCUGACAUGCUUUCGC